AUGAGGAAUUCAAAUAAUUUCGCGAGUAUCAAUCAAUGUUCGCGUGAUCACGGCGUGAUGGAGACGCGUCGGUUUUUGGUGCGGUCGUUGGUGGUGUUGGUGGCAUGGAGCAUAGUAGGAGCCGCAGUGGCCCGCGCUCAGCUGCUAACUUCAGCGCUGGUGCCCGCCUGCCCCACGCAGUGUAUCUGUUUAUCACAAUCUCAGGUGGUAUGUAACAGCGCGACGCUGCGCGGAGUGCCAGCGGCACUAAGCGCGAGCGUAAUGCAGUUAUCAUUGUCGCGCGCCGAUCUGCGCGUGUUGCGCUCUGACGCAUUCGCGCACCUACGCCAAUUGCGCCGCCUCUCCCUCGACGCCUGCAACCUCACCAGGAUCAAGCCGUUCGCCUUUCGCGGCCUGCCACGACUCAACGAGCUCUUCAUACAACAUAGCCCGCUUACCACGGUCGACGCGUUCGCCUUCGCCGCUCUGCAGAACAUCAGCUCGAUAGUUCUAACCCACAACAAGAUAGCGCAAAUCGAGGGCUACGCUUUCGCCGGGACGAAUUUUAUAAAACUAAUAUCCCUUCGUAAUAACCCUAUCAAAAGAAUCCUCGCUCAUGCAUUCUCUGGUUUGAACGAUGUUAAUCAAAUAGAAUUACCCUCCGGAAUCAGAUCUAUCGAGCCACAAGCCUUCGCUGGCCUCGAAGGAGUGGGUGUCUUGGAGUUGGCAUACAUGGAUCUACCGGCGCUCGUUCAAGAUACUUUUUUCGGCAUGACGCGCAUCGGGCGCCUCGCUUUAAGGGAAUCCGACCUGGGAGUUAUACGUGCUGGCGCCUUUGACGGUCUCCGUAUCGUAGAUACUUUGGAGAUGUGUAAUAACAAAAUCGAUGGUAUAGAAGAACUGUCGUUAAUACAGAACAAUAGUGUCCAUACGUUUAAGCUAACCGGUAAUCAUAUGCUAGAGUCACCGGAAGCGGUCGUGUUGGAAGUAGAUAUUGUUGUAAUACGCGGUAAUCAUUUGCCUUGCGAGUGCGGUCGGGAUCCUAUGGCCAAUCCUUUGGCUCUGUCGCAGGAGUUUGCCGACGAGAAUUUUUGUAUAUCGCCUUUAAAAGUCCGUGGGAGGAGUUUGUCAAGCGCGGCGGGUGCGGCGUGCCGGGGCGAGGGCGGCGGGAGCGCGCGCGCGCGGGCUGCUGCGGGCGCUGGCCACGCGCCGCGCUCCGUGCACCCGCUGCUGCCGCGCCUAGCCCUCACGGUCGCCGCCAUCGCUUUCUUAUCCAACAGCUAA